ACCUAUUGUUUCCCUCUGUUGUAUUUACUGCUACAUUGAAGCUUAGCCUCUAGCGCUUUUUCUCACUAAAAUAUGUUUAAAUCGUAAUAUUUUGAUGAAUUAAACAGCACAGUUUCUUAAAAUUUACAUUACAUUAAUCUCCAAGAUGCAACAUUAAACUUAGCUUUCCUGAAAAACAAACUCCAAAAGAAAGAAAAUGGCUUCAACAGUCGACAGAUUUACUGAUGUUAAUCUUACUGAUUAUAUGGAUGUUGUUACUACAUACAAAUGCCGUUUCUGUACUUUCUCUUGCAACCAGCCUCAAGAGAUUGGUAUACAUGUUCGUAAUGUGCACAUCAAGACAACUCCUUCCAAAUUAAGUACGAUUUCAAAUAUGCAUGAUAUUGAACAAGCAGAAAGUUCUUCAGGUGAUGUCACUGUUGAGGAAGAGACAAUACCUGAUCUGUCUAAGACUCAGUCUGUAGCUGUUUCUCAAGAAGCAUCGUCAUUGUCAGAUGUAGACUCUGUUUCUUUGAUUGAAAAAUCUGAUGCUGGGUCAUUGAUAGAGUUAGCCUCAAAUCAUCAACAAGUUAUUUUCACUCAAGGUUCUUUAAAUGAACCACAAAUGAUUCCAACUCAUAAUGAUAUCUUAUCAACUGGAAAUAUUGUACCAUCUUACAUUCCACUGGAAGCUACAACAACUGUUGAAGACUCUUUGACUUUUGUUAAUGAAUCUGAAAUUAAUUCACAAGCAAUUAGUCAGUUUUCUGUUGCUGCUUCUGACGACUUUUCUGAACCUAAUAUUGAAGGGGAUGAUGUUCUUACGAAAGAAUUGUUUCUGUGUGGCCAAUGUAGAAUUGGGUUUAACAGUAUUGAAGAAUGUAAAUCUCAUAUAGUACAAGUCCACAAUAUUUUGCCACAAAAUGAAGACAAUCAAUUAACUGGAGAAACAGUUAAUAGAGUCAGUGUUGGAACACAAGUUAUGUCUACCAAAAAAAAGCCAGGUAGAAAACGGAAAAAUCCAUUACCUCAGAGAUCCUCUUCACCUGUUUCAGACAAGGACUGGGAGGAAGAUGAAAAUAGUGAAUGGUAUUCACGCAAAGGACGGAGUCGUAGAAAAAUUCGUCCACCAAAAGCUCUGAAAGAUGAUUAUUAUUUAGGUAAAAAGAAAAGAAAGAACAAAGAUACUAAUAUUCUUACAGAAGGCUACAGUCUUAAGUGUAAUCUGCAAGGCUGUUUUGCCAAGUUUAAGAAAGACCAAAGUUUAAAGAUUCACAUUGCUUGCCACAAAAAAGAUGCAAAUAGGUCUUUCUUUGAAUGUAACAUGUGUGCAGUUGAAUUUGUUCUUUGGAAACAUCUUAGGAUGCAUCUUUGGCGCUGUCACUCCAUUGAUACAGAUCUUUUUGCAUGUGAGAACUGUGAGUUCAAAACAGACACUACCCACAAAUUACUGAUUCAUAAAGAAAUUCAUAGUGACCAGAGGCCGUAUACAUGUGAUAUAUGCUGGAAAGGCUUUAAGCAAUUCAGUCAAAUGAGGAACCACCAAAUGAUCCAUGCAGAACAUCAAUCAAAUGAUGCUGAUCGUUGGUAUACUACUAAACAGUGUGACAUUUGUAAACGGACUUUUGCUAAUCAGAAGUGUUUAAGUAAACAUGUACAAGCUGUCCACAGUAAGAUCAAACCAUAUGUAUGUUCAUACUGUGGUCAUUCAACAGCACGUAAAGCUAUGCUACAAUUACAUCUACGUAUCCACACUGGGGAAAAACCAUUCAAGUGCGAUGUUUGUCAGUAUGCUACUGGAGAUCACAACUCACUUCGCCGUCACAAAAUGCGCCACUCAGGAUUGAGGCCAUACAAAUGCCAAUAUUGUUCUUACUCGUGCAUCCAGGCUAUUUCUUUAAAAACUCACAUGAAAAAUAAACAUCCAGAUUCAUCUGGAAUUUAUCACUGUGAUAUUUGUAAUUACCGAACUGUGAAUGCUACCAGUUUUACUAAUCAUGUCAGUGAUCACAAGUAUGGGUUGAUUGAUGUCCAAGAAGGCACCAACAACACCACCACCACAACUACCGCCACAUCAACGACAACAUCUACCAUCACCACUGAAACAACUACUAAUUCAACAGUUCUAUCUUCCAGUAAUAAUAAAAGUAUAUUACAAAAAGUCAACGACCCUAGUAAUGGCGAAAUACAAACUCAGUUAGUACCUGUAGAGAAUAGUGUUUCAAGUCUUAGUGCAGAUGACAUUAUUAAAAUGGCCCAAACAGGGAAUAAUCUCGUAUCAACAGAUCUCACUGCUGCAGAAUUAAUUUAUGCUAUUGCAACCAAUUCUCUUCCCCAAGACUCUCAGAUGCUUACUGGGAUGCAAGCAACCAUAAAUACAUCUUCUAAACAAGGAAUAUCAACACAUACAAUUACUUUGCAUUUACCACCAUCUCAAUCACAGAUUGCCUCUGAUGAAAGUUCCGAUCAAAGAAAUGCAGGACAUACUCUAUUGAUGGUGCAACCAUUGGAACUGUGUUCUGUAAAUGGUGAUGGUAAUUCACAGACUCUGCCUACUGAAGAUAUAAGAGUAAAUUUUCAACCAGCUGAAAGUUCAGUAACUGCUACAGAAGUAGUUUUGGCCACAGAUGAUAAAAUUAUUACUGCUGAAUAAAUUCGGUAGUUGAAAUAAGCAUCUAUUCUUGAAUAUUUGUAACAUUUUCAAAUUCCUCCAAGGCCUACUUUACUUCUCAUCUUUUUGUGGUUGAUAAAAGAAGUACCAGUUGAGCUUUGGGGGUUGAUGUAAACAACUUACCCACACCCCUGAAAUUACUGGCCUUGUGCCAAAAUUUGAAAUCAGUAUUUGUAACAUUUAGAUUUGUUUUAUUUUUAGACUGAAUUAUAAUGAUUUUCAGGAAAAUCUGAUGUCUCAUUUGAUCUUUAAAAUAAAUGGAAUUGUAUUCUUUCUUUUA